UCGAGCUCCCCAUUGGCCCGUUACCGGGCAGCGCCACGCCUCGCGCUACGGUGGCCGGAUCGGUUCAGGAGGCGGGAAAGACGCAGCGGGGCGAUGGCUGCGGAGCAGGAGAUGCGGGACUUCACUCGCGGGCUCUUCCAGGGCAGCCCGGACCUCAGGGUGCUGACGCUGGCCAUGGUGCGGAGGAAGUAUCUGGCGCACGUGGGCCGGGAGAGCCUGGGGCGGGAGGAGAAGGAGCUGCUCAAGGAGCUGGUGAAGGAGGAACUGCUGAGAAUGCAGCAGCUGGAUGAUUCCAGUUCCGAAGGGGGGUCCCCGAGCCCCAAGAGCCCCUGGGAUGCUCCUCAAGCCGGGGCUCAGAAGCGACCCCACAGCAGCUCCGAGCCGUCAGGGGCCCCCGAGGACACGGCCAGAAAGAAGCAGCGACUGGAUCAGGGUUCUGAGGCCAGUUCUGACGGGGAGGAUUCUGGGAUUGAUUCGAGGAAGCCAAAACUGGCUCCUGCUGAGGAGGAUGCUGGGAAAUCCAGGCCCACGGGAUCGUGUGAGGACGAGGGGGACUCUGGAGCAGAGGACACACCUGACCGGGGUGGCACCAGCAGAGAGAGCAACUCUGAAUGGGCAGCCAGGAAGGAGGGAAGGAAGCAGCCCCCACGGAGGGGAACAGAGGGAGCCGAGGCGCAGGAGCAGCGGGCGAGAGAGGCAGAGCGGAGGGGUGACUGUGGGGAGCAGAAGGGGGGGAUCACAGCUCAGACGGAGGAGGAAUCGGGGAGCGACUCGCCAGUGCAGGGAGAGGAGUGUACGCGGCAGAAGCAGACAGGACCGAGGAAGAGCAAGUGGAGGAGUGAUCGUGAGGAGGACGGGGACAGCGAGGAGAAGGGGAGGAUGAAGGCUCGGGGGAAGGACGUGGGGAGCGACGCCGAGGUGGAUGAGAAGGGGCAGGGCAGAAAAGGGGCAGGGAAGGAGGGAAGGAGGAAGGCAGGGAGAUGGAGUGACAGUGAGGAGGAAGAGGAGGAAUCGGGGAGCGAGUCAGAGGAGGGUGCGAGCCGGAGGCCGGCAGGGAAGCCGGAAAUGAAGAAGGUGGAGCGGAGGAGUGACAGCGAGGCCGAGGAAGUGGGCAGCAGGAAGAGGAGGACGAAGGCCCAGAGUGAGGAGGAAUCGGGGAGCGAGGAAGAGGAGGGUGCGAGCAGGAAGGAGACGGGGAAGAAGGGAGGGAGGAAGGCCGAGCGGGGCAGCGAGGAGGAGGAGGGGGGGGGGAAGGCGCAGGCGAGGCAGAGGGGCAGCUCUGAGACAGAUGAAGACUCUUCGUCAUCGUCCUCCGCGCAGGAUGAGAACAGCAGCCCCAACCCAGGCUCCCGGCGCAAGAAGGGAAAGGCGCCGGGCAGCGGGGGGGCCGGGCCGGCAGAGGAGCACCCGGCCGUGCGGCGGCUGAAGCGCUACAUCCUGGCGUGUGGGGUGCGGCGGAACUACAAGAAGCUGCUGGCCGGGUGUCGCUCCGUCAAGCAGCGGGUCAGGGUCCUGCGCCGGGAGCUGGAGGCCAUUGGGCUGCAGGGGAACCCCUCUCUGGAGCGGUGCCGGGCGCUGCGGCUGCGCCGGGAGGAGGCGGCGGAGGUGGCAGCGCUGGACGUGGAGAACAUCAUCGCCUCGGACGGCCGCCCCCGGCGCUGCAACAUCUGGAGCCUGUACAGCACCCCCCCCGCUGCCCCCCCGGCCACCCCCCCGGCCCGGCGCCCAGUGGACUGGUCCAGCCUCCGUGGCGUCGUCAGCAGUGACGGGGAGAGCGACUGAGGCUGGGGGGCAGCGCCUGGUAUAACCCCCCCCCCCCGCCAUUCCCUGCUUGGAAGGGCCCGUUGUUUGGGGGGGCAGGUCGGGGAGUGACCCCGUUGCAUGGGGCAAAUCCAUCUCCCAUUCCCCCUGGGGGGGGGCGAAGCUCUCGGAAUCCCCCCGGUGUCUGGCACUUUCCGGGUGAUCCCACCUGCCACCCCAAAACUGGAGGGUGGGGGACCCCUGAGCCACUAGCAGGGGCCUCCCUGCAGAGCCGGGGCAGCAGCUGUCCGCCCCCAGGGGAGCCAGAGGUGACCCCAGAACACUCCCACGCUGGCCCCGCAGUGAACUGGGGCCGGGGGCUGGAUGUGUCCUGGCUUGGGGGGCAGUCACCCCCCAUCCCAACCCCCAGGUGUAAAUGUCUUUGUUUUAUGCGCUUUUUAUAUUGUAAAAUAAAGUGAAUUUUGUUAUUUAAGGG